CCCACCUUAUAUUUCAUCAAGCAUCCCUUUCCUUGGACAUGCAAUCGCAUUUGGAAAAAGUCCCAUUGAAUUUUUGGAAAAUGCUUAUGACAAGUAUGGACCUGUGUUCAGUUUCACCAUGGUUGGCAAGACAUUCACAUACUUGCUGGGUAGUGAUGCCGCUGCUCUCCUCUUCAAUAGCAAAAACGAAGAUUUGAAUGCGGAGGAUGUAUACUCUCGGUUAACUACACCAGUUUUUGGCAAGGGAGUUGCUUAUGAUGUCCCUAAUGUGGUAUUUUUGGAACAGAAGAAGAUGCUCAAAACUGGGCUAAAUAUUGCCCAGUUUAAACAGCAUGUAUCUAUCAUUGAAGAGGAAACAAAGGAGUAUUUCAAAGCAUGGGGAGACAGCGGAGAAAAAAACCUGUUUGAAGCCCUUUCAGAACUUAUCAUCUUGACAGCAAGUCAUUGCUUACACGGGAAAGAAAUCAGAAGCUUGCUGAAUGAGAAGGUGGCUCAGCUGUAUGCCGAUUUGGAUGGGGGUUUUACUCAUGCUGCCUGGCUUCUGCCAGGUUGGCUACCUCUACCGAGCUUCAGACGUCGAGAUCGAGCACACAAAGAAAUAAAGAAUAUUUUCUACAAGGUUAUCCAGAAACGUCGAAAGUCUGAGGAGCGGGAGGAUGACAUGCUCCAAACUCUACUUGAUGCUUCAUACAAGGAUGGCUGUCCGCUGACAGAUGAUGAAAUUGCUGGAAUGCUUAUCGGGUUGCUCCUAGCAGGGCAGCACACAUCCUCCACCACCAGCGCCUGGCUUGGCUUCUUCAUAGCCAGAGACAAAUCAAUACAGGAACAGUGCUAUGCAGAACAAAAAACAGUUUGUGGGGAUGAUUUGCCACCAUUAACUUACGACCAGCUGAAGGAUCUCAGUUUGCUGGAUCGCUGUCUAAAAGAAACUUUAAGGCUUAGACCUCCUAUAAUGACCAUGAUGAGAAUGGCCAGAACUCCCCAGACUGUUGCUGGAUAUAAUAUUCCCCCUGGCCAUCAGGUCUGCGUAUCUCCCACUGUUAACCACAGACUCAGGGACUCCUGGAAGGAUGCUCUAGACUUCAAGCCUGACCGGUAUCUCCAAGAUAACCCAGCAGCUGGAGAGAAAUUCACCUACAUUCCGUUUGGCGCUGGCCGUCAUCGCUGCAUUGGAGAAAACUUUGCUUAUGUUCAGAUUAAGACUAUUUGGUCUACUUUGCUUCGUUUGUACGAAUUUGAUCUCAUCAAUGACUAUUUUCCGACUAUAAAUUAUACAACAAUGAUACACACACCUAAUAACCCCGUUAUCAGGUAUAAGAGGAGGUCACUGUAAAUUCUGGAUCUAAAAACUUACUUACUUGUGUAAACUAACAGACUUUCAAAUGACAUUGUGACAAAAUGAGCAGCAUAUGGAAACUGUUACAUGUACUGUUAGAAAAGCAACAAUACAAAUGCAAAGUCUUUCCAUCUACUUUGUUUGCCCACACCAUUUAAUGCUGCU